CUCGGCUUUUGAGUCAGCUGUGCUCGCUCUGCAAUAGAAACUCAACUGGAAGCACCAUGAAAGUCUUGAUCAUCAGUUUUAUUCUGUGCGCUGCAGCUGCAACUGCUCAGGCGGGCAUCAUAGGCCAUGCCGAUGAGUUGAUCUCCAGCCCGCCUCAAUAUGAAUUCCAUUAUUCCGUGCACGACAGCCAUACGGGCGAUGUGAAGGAUCAGUUCGAGCAUCGACGAGGCGAAUACGUUACGGGUCGCUAUUCGCUCAUCGAACCCGAUGGACAUCGUCGCAUCGUUGACUACAGCUCCGACCCGCUGCUGGGCUUCAGUGCUCAUGUGCGUCGCGAACCCAUCUCAAUUCUCUCACGUCAUUAAAACAUUUACAAACUGGUUAUAAAGCAUCAUGUCUGAUUUGCAUACUACUAUUACUAUUAA